CAUUAGCAUGCCGGCGAUCUUCAAAUUUUUUGAAAUGAAAAAAUUUGAUAAAUUGAUAAAUAAAUCGUCGUUUUCAAAAAUAAUUCGUUACCAAGUACAGAAAUGUGCUAACCUAUGCUUAUUAAAAAGUACCUCGUCGAACAAGAAAGAACAAAAAUACAGUAUCGUUUUCAAGUAGUGAUCACCAAGAUCUUGACAAUCGCAUUUAAAAUAAGUGAAUGUUUGAAGUACGAGUACCGUGCUGAAUUGACAAUGUCGGGCUCGCAAGAGUUUGUGCCGGAAAAGGGGCCCAAGAUGAGAGAUUCACUUCCAUCUGCUCCUCAGAGCGGAUGGGACGGCUUUGAAUUUGCGAAGAAGGAGGUGAACCAAUCAAUUGCCAACAGUAUCACGAACGAUGAAGACGACUGGGAUGGCCCUAGAGAGAAUAGCGAGCAUUCGAUUGUCCAUAGUGUCACAAACGACGAUGAAUUGAAUGAAUCUAGAACCGACAACGAUGGUGAAGGGCUAUCGAUCCUUCCGCGCCCCUGCAACUACAAAACAGCAUUUUCGACAGCUGCUGCCAAAACAAAUCGCUACACGGACAAGAAGAAAGACGCAACAAUCGAGGAGCUAAGAACGUCACCUCCCUCGUCACCAACUGCAAUCGAACAGAGAGCGUCUUCUAGAUGCUCUUUUGACCAAGAGUCUUUUUUGAUCCGAUACGAGCGCAUGAUGAAAGGACAGGAAGUGGAACAGACUACGACCAUCUCUUAUGUUCAGUCUUUGUUAGAUUUGUUAGAGAGCAUUCAACCAGAAGAAAUACAGGCUGGCAAGAAUUAUGAGGACGCUGAACAAAGCAACCCUCUUCUUAGAGAAAUUUCAUUGGAACAACUAAAACGCAUGUAUACAAAGCUUGAAAACCUUGGUGAGUACGACACCAUCAAAAUUGACAAACAGUUCUUGAUGGUGUUAGAAAUUUUUUGCGAAGAGAAAGAAGCUGCUUCAACCAUAGACAAUAUUGAGAAAAAUGAAGAAAAGGUUUCAUGGGCCGAAAUCAUUCAAUGCUACAGAAGUUGUGUCCUAGGCAUGCAAACACUUGAGAUUAUCGGGCCUCAUACCAUGAUUCGAAAACGAGCAAAAGAGCGUAUUCUCGCGAUGCUUUCUCUAUACCGAAAAUCAUCUUUUGAAGGAAAUGACAGCUUGGCAACUGCAUCAUCUAUGACUCCUGAUGUCGCUUCCUCAAAAAUCACGUGGAACGACAAAUCUAACAUCUCGUCGAAAGUAAACCAGCGAAGAUACCAGGGUAAAACGCAAGGUUGGUUGUUGAAUUUCAUAGCGUUCGUCACAGGUGUGAUGAUUGCAACUCUUUCUUUUCAGGAUCGUUCCUCCUCAGCGCACCGAGAUGCUAUCUCAGAGAAUACAAACAAACACACGGAGUGUCCAAUUGCUGGAAAGGAAUCUUUUUCGUCCGUGGAACAACAAUUUGAAGAUCAAUUUUUGGAGAACAUGACGUAUGCUCCUUUACCUGAUCAAUCGAAAACAAAUGAAACGAGAACUUUCAAGAAACGAAACCAACCUUUAUCUGCCAGCCGCACCGCCGAUGCAAUAACAAGCGCUCAAAAACCACACGAUCUAGCCAUUUUCCCAUCGGACUUCUCUGAGUUAGUAACAGCUUUUGAUCCGAAAUUUGGCAUAUUGUCCACUGACAAAGAAGGCCAAAGUGACAAAGCCACAAAAAUUCCAUUGAAUGAUAUAAAAGUGGCUUCUAUGAUAGGGGGAUUCGCUACCGGUCUCUAUGUUCUUACAUCAACUGGUGGUGUAGUCGCAGGACUUCUGAGCUGGCUACCGAUGGGCAUGACAGUUAUGAUUGCUACGCUUACAGCUCAUGGUAUCCGUGAUGGAAUAUCUGGAAUUUGGAAGAAGUUCAGACGCAAUAAAAAGAAACGUGAUCAGAUCUUCACCUAGAAGUAUUUGAGUCGAUGACAAGAGAUAAUCAGUGAGUAAAAUCCAUGUCACAAC